AUGAACUCGAGGGAACAAAAUUGUUCAGAUAAUGCUUCUUCAGCAUCUAUCUACUCAAACGUGUCAUCACAAACCCCAGAUUUAACCGAUUCAGAAAGAGCUGCUUCUUCUUCAGAUUCAUCCAGUUCUUCAUACUUAAAAAGCGGUCAUAUCUCGGUGGAAGACAUCUGGAAUACGGUAUCAAAGAACUCAGAUGAAACCAUAGAUUCGUUUCUUGAUAAGUUGCCAUUUGGUGCUGAAUUUACCAAAGAAGAUGCCAUCAGUCUCCUCAAAACGCCACCAUCUCUACAAAGUGCGGAAAUCCAGGAGAAUCAGCUCGAAUUUCUUACUGUGUGGAAUAUUAUUAGCUCAGGAAACGAACUUCAGGAGACAAUAGGCCUUCCCGAGUCACAAGAACUGUUUGUCAAAGAGAAAACAUUGUGCUUUACAUUUUCCAAGUUGUUCAGAUACCAUUUCCAGCUUCCAUACGAGCAUCCGAAUUUCGGAUUUAAGAAGUUCGGCAGCCUUCUCGCCAACAGUCCGACAUCGCUCAUUCUCACUGUGAUGAAGAUUUGCGUGUCAUCGAUGGAAUAUCACGAUCGAAGCUUCUGGAAGCUUCGCAGACUUCUCACAUUGAUGAUUGCACUCUGUUUUGGCAACAGAAGUCUACUCCGGGGCUUAAUAUCUGAUUUCAGCACACCUGAGAACAUAGAGAGACUCAGAUCGGUGGCAAAUUUCCCCACAGAUGGAAAUUCCAGUAGUUUGUCUGACCACAGAGGUCCGUUGAGUGUUUUAAAUGGUAUGCACGAACUUUCCUCUUUCUUUGAUGGCGGUAGUAAUGGGGACUCGAUUCUGGAAUUUACCAUUUCUUCAGAUACAUCAUCUGCGAUUCUGGCAUCCUUGUUGUUUGUUUUGAAUUUGAACAAGAAGAAAAAGUUACUACAGGAGAACGAUAAGGCGACAAUAGCGUGGCUAGCAACGUCUUGCAUAACAGAUAACGAGUAUAAAGAGGUUUUCCUCAUUUAUGUCGUGCAUCAUCCGGAUGUGAUUCAAACAUUGUCCCAAGUGGACUUUGGCAAGUCCGAAAUUGGAAAUUUGACAGACUACUUCUUGAAAAGCAUCUGUCUCGAGCUUGUUGCAAAUUUCACACCUCUGUAUCUUGGCAGUUCGGGUCUUACCAGUAUUAUUAAAGGCCGCUUAAGUGGAAUUGCGCUUGUAUUGGGUGGACUGAACACCCCGAAAGCGGGAAUUCCGAAAAAUGUCUUUUUGCCGAUAUUUGAGCUCGUGAACCAGAACACAAAGCUUGAUUUUAUGCAGGAACAGAACCUACUUGUUUAUCUCUACCUGGGCAUAAAUGCAUUGGAUAGAUACAUUGUUGAUAGGUACACGAUGACAGAUUGUCUUCUGCAAUUGGAUGAACUCGGAUGCAGUUUAUCGCUAAAUGGACUUCUUGAUGACGUUCAAUACAUCCUUUCAUAUGCUCUUAAUGAGGUCUUGGUUGCCAAAAUGCCACAGUUGGUUUCAAUUCCGGCUGAUUUUAGGGAAUUUUUUGGAUUCGACUACAUUCCUCCUGUUAGAAGGCAGGAUUCUCUAUUGGAGGCACCUUUCAGCAGUGAGAAGUCAGCGUUAGUGGACUCGUUUACAAACGAGGAGCUUGUGAAGCAAACAGAGCUUGUUCGCAUUCUUAAAAGCUGCAUCGGUCAAAAUUCACGCCUCCGUCGAAAAGUAUACAGACUGCUAAGCAGCAUCAAUCGGAAUAGUGGGCUGCUGGUUCGGACAAAAGGAUGCGGAGAGGAGGAAAAAGAGCAGAAUUUAUAUAAGUAUCACUUAAACUCGGGAUACAGGUUGGUAGGAUUCGAAGAUCGCGAGUUGCUGAAUUACAAGUUGGCGUAUUUUGGGAUAGGAACAAGCAUCAAAGCAGAUGUGGCAAUGCUGGUCGUUGCGUACAAUCUCAAGAGCUUUGAUCUGACGUUUAGUUCAGCUCUGUCAAGAAGUAUUUCAGACACUUUUCUUUCAAUUGGUUCGAUUUAUAUGGAGUUUGGAAUUCUCACGAUGUACAAAAUCAUGAUUGAGGCUUGUGAGAGAAGCGUAAGGCUGGCAAACGAGGCAGCAAUGGCUCUAGCCGAGAUCUUGCCGAAUCCGAAACGAAACGUUGAGGAAAAUCCAAGAAAGAAAGAUUUUGCGAUGAUGCUACAGAGCAAUACCAUAGCCAGCAAUCUUAUUCGGUUGUUUGUAGAGGAAUUUGAUGAUGGAAGACGAUUGCCUUUAAGAAGAUGA